ACUUGCAGUACUCCUGACAGGACGGUCUCCCGCACCUCCUCCUCCGCUUCUUCUUCACUCUGUGUGGUGGUGCAGUAGUGUGUAAAUAGUGGCGCUUCUGAGGAGGUGCACCUACACUCGCAUCUGACUCCAGUCCAGAGGUCCCGGAGACACGCGCGAUGGUGCGGGCUCAUUGAUAAAAUCCGUGCUGCUGGAAUUAAAAUGAGCACUCCUGCUGAGCGGCUCUCCGCCUCCACAUAGCGCUGCUUUCUCUGCACAACAUCUCUUUAUGUGACUCCGGCAGACGAAUCAGGAUGACUUCUACCUUAUCGCUGGUCAUUUCGUGCGCUUUGGUGGCAGCAGUGCUGGCGUCCAAGACGGAGCGGGCUGUGCUUCUCCCCUGCGCUUCUGGCAAGUACACCAGGAAUGGAGAAUGCUGCAAUGAGUGUCCACCUGGAGAGGGAGUGGUGAAGAAAUGUGGCCUCACUCAGACCGUCUGCGCUCAGUGUUUGGACAGUGAGACCUUCUCAGAGAACUACAGCCAUACAGAGCAGUGCAAGCCAUGCACUCAGUGUACCGGCUUGAUGCGGAUGGAGACGCCAUGCACUGACUCCAACGAUGCCAAAUGCAUCUGUGGCUAUAACUACUUCUUGAGUUCUGUAACUGGCAGUUGUGAGCCGUGUACGGUGUGCCCUGUCGGACAGGGCGUGUACUCCCAUUGUGAUCACAAUCAUGACACGGUGUGUGAGGAAUGUGUCGAUGACACCUUCUCUGACCAGGAAAGCUCCCUCGAACCCUGCCUGCCCUGCACCAUCUGUGAGGAGGAAACUGAAACACAGCAGGCUGCUUGCACGGCGAUCAGUGAUACUGUCUGCUACAAUCCUAACAUUCCUACCUAUGACACUCCUACCUCCGACAUGGAUCUGUCUUCAUCCUCCUUCCCCAGUAUCGUCCUUCCUGAUGCCUCUUACAGCCCACUGCCAGGAGGAGAAACAACUACGUCCAGCGCUGGUUCUCCUCGAUUCCUCGGUCAUGGCCUCAAUGAAAACCUCAUCCCUAUCUACUGCUCUAUCCUGGCCGCUGUGGUGGUGGGCCUAGUGGCUUAUAUCGUCUUUAAGAGGUGGAAUAGCUGCAAACAGAACAAGCAGGCAGCUAAUAACCGAGCAGCUACAAACAACCAGAUGGUGACACCGGAGGGGGAGAAGUUGCACAGUGACAGUGGGAUCUCGGUGGACAGUCAGAGUCUGCAGGAGCAGCAGCAGCAACAGCAGCAGCAGCAGGCCCAGGCUGAAGUCCAGGCUCAGCCUUCACACUCUCACACACAGGAACAGAUAGUGGUUAGGGUGGAUGGGGGUCCCCAGCCUGACUCGCCUCCCCCUAAAGUCUGAGAAAGUGGAGGCCUAAGACAAGAAGAAGACAGUGGGGACUUAAACAGUGGACCAAAAGGAAAGCAGGCAGCCACAGGAUGUAAACACAGACUCUGAUUUAUAUCUGAAGCUGCCACAGAGUGACAACUUGACUGAUACGGACCUCCCAGCACUUUUGGGCCACACUUUGACUCUUCAUCCCUGCAUAUAGAGUCUGUC